UACACACACACACAUACGCUGAUCGGAAGUCAGCGAGCGGGGCCAGCGGUUUGCAGACGAUCCAGGGCGGGGGGGCCGGGGUGCCUCCUCGGAAACAGACCCGGAGUCAGUUGAGCGUCGGCGAGGGGGGGCCCGUGGGGUUUUUUUUGUUGUCACGGGACGAUGCGCCACAAAGAGGCCAAAAAAAAGUAAACACACGGCGAGGUGGGAGAAGCUAGUGGCGACAGGGAUGCUUUAUCCCAAGCUUUAACGACCGCCCCCCCCGGAGACAGAAAGACAGGCUCGUCCCUUUGGAAGACAUCUCACGAAAAGACAGGGAGGACGGUGGGAAAGAUGGAGACGCUUUGUUUCCGGUUGCCGGGUCACGGGGACAAGACCCUGAAGCACAUGAAUUCCCUGAGGUUCCGCCAGCAAUUCUGUGACAUCACCAUUGUGGCUAGCAACAACCAGACCUUCAAGGGACAUAAGGUGGUGCUUGCUGCCUGCUCGCCUUUCUUGAGGGACCAGUUCCUCCUCAACCCGUCCCCGAGGCUUCAGUUGUCAAUGCUGUACAGCGCUCGGGUUGUGUGUGAUCUGCUCCAAUCCUGCUACACUGGCACACUGCAGUUUAACCCAGAGGAGAUCGUCAACUACCUGACGGCUGCCAGCUAUCUGCAGAUGGAGCAUAUUGUGGAGCACUGCCGAGGAGCUCUGAAGAAGUACAUCCAGUUAAAGAACCCCAGUCCACCAAGGGUGACUGCAGAGGAGAGUCUGUCUCAACCAGUGAUCGUCAGUGGCAGCAUUUAUACUAUGGCAUCACCCCCCACCAGCCGACCCUCCCCUGUGGACCCACACAGUCCAGCAGGACGAUCGGUGGAGGACAACAGCGGUGACAUGUCCACUCAGGGCAGCAGUCAACACCACGAUGACAGUCCUGUUCUGGAUGACCCAUGUAUUAGGGUUAAUGCAUCAGACGAGGAGGAAGAGACCAGACCAGGGGACUUUGAUGUGUUUAGAGUGUAUAUAUCCGAAGAGGAGCAGAUGAACAGAAACAGGGAGGAGGAGACGGGAGCUCCCUCUGAUGGACCUCAAGAUGCUUGUUUCCCAGAGACAGAUGGUGUUGUGAUCGGAGGAGAAGGCAGUGAAUACGACUUGGAUCAAACCAAAGUGGAUCUCAGCGCUGGGGGCCUUUCAAUGGAGGGUCUCCGUGCUUUCAGACGCAGACUGUCCGACCCUAAAAUUGGACGGGGCAGAGGGGGUGGCAGGGGGAGGGGUUUAAAGAGGAGAAAGUGGGCGUCAUCUCAAGAGAAAAGACCUCUGGGCAUGGCUCACCAACAGGAUCUGUGGUACCUGGCAACAGCUGGACUCGAAGGGGGUGUUGGGCUGGACUACAACCAGGAAGGGCUGAAGACAGGAAGUUACUUACCAGUCGACUUCCCACAGUUAGACUUCAGUGAGGGCGACACUCAGGGAGAAAAAGUUUCACCACUGGCAGGCAGCAGUUUGAACCAGUAUUCUCUGGAGGAGUCGAGCAGUGGCGCUGGUGAGGGGAGUUCAGGGUUGACGAAUGAAGGAGGGGAUGAGUCCGUCGCAGUUGUGGGGUCCACGUCAAGCGUAUCAGGGCCUGUAAUAUGUGAGCACUGCGGCAUGACUUUCCCCUCCGCUCACUCUCUAGCGGUCCACUCCCGCUCCACGCACCUGCUGUACGUCUGCCCCUGCUGCGGCAAACACUUCCACCACUCGGCCAACUUCACCCGGCACAUGGCCGUGCACCGGGGCGCCGGCAAAACCCACCAGUGCCCCCUGUGUUAUAAGACUUUCACUCAAAAAUCCACACUUAUAGAUCACAUGAACCUCCACAGUGGCGAGCGCCCACACCACUGCGCCUACUGCCACGCCCGCUUCGCUCACAAGCCCGCUUUGCGGCGCCACCUGAAGGAGCAACACGGAAAAACCACCGGGCAAAACUCCCUGUAUGAGCAGGAGGAGAUUGAGAGGGCGAGAGGGGCGGCUGGAAGAAUACGAGAGGAGGAACAAGAAUGUCUGGUGACUGAACAAGUGUCAUAGGCCAAAUUUUUAAACACAGUAAAUUGUCUCAACUAAAGUGCUGUCCAGUGGAGAAAUCACUGACUUUGAGGCCUUUUAAAAUCACAGACUGUGAAAAUGAAAGACCCCAUCACAUGAAAUGUUUAUAGUGAUGGACGUGGGUUUACACCGAGCCAAGCAAUCGUUUCCACAGCAGGCUCGUCAUUGUAGGAAAAGUACAGGUGGUAUGACAGUAGUAGCGGCUCUGAGUCAACAUGAACUGUAGAGGGACCCUGAAACUGAAAAGAGAAAUGGAAUCCAGCCGCUCUCAGUUUCAUUAGACUGUGCUUUUCCUACUGUGACGUGGCAUAGUGUGCCCACUCAUUUUACUGUUUGUAAGAAUAGAUAAAUUCAGAAUAUGAUCUUAAACUUGAAUCUCAGUUGAACAUUAGUGUUAGUGAACAACAGUGGUAUUACCGACCACAGUUAGAGGAGUGUAAAUACAUGAAUUCACAUGUCUCUUCUCCGUUAGAUGUUUCCUGACAUGGCCCAGUGCACAUCAAAGCAGCUACACAGCCACAGUCCUCCCACACGUGUUUCCACUUAAAGAUGCUUGAUUAGACGUCUUAUCAAAAGUGUGACUGUUGUCGACAGACUUUGUCGCUUGUGCCUGAGGGGGGGGCAGGACGGUUAACACCACCAUUGUUAUUUCUACACGGAUUACAGUGCAUCGUGUAGUUUCUACCGGAUUAUUUGAAAACACUACUGUUAAAUACACAAAGACCUUUUAUAAAUCAAAGUGUCUGGUUUCAAAAAAUGUCUUUCUUCCUCUGUAGCACAGCACUAUCCAGGAAGUAAAUUUUUAAAACUGGAACGACGAUAUUUGAAAAUUGGUCUCAGGCUCAUCCAUUAUUUUCUGUACAUACGUCUGUUAGAUCUUCUCUGUUGUCCAAGGCUCCUUAGAAACCUGAUGGAAUCAUCCAGACCAGGAGAUAUCACUCAACAUACAUUAAAAGUUUGUGUUACACUGAAUACACCACUCGUAUAACCGUGUCAAACAGUAUUACAUGUACUUUACUUAGAUGAUGUUGGAAGAAGUAUUCAGAUCCUUUACUUAUGUAAAAAUACACAGUCACAAGCAGAAAACAGCACAGAAGGAGCAGAUCUGGCUAUUCCAUGAAUGAUGGUUUCAUUUGGAGUAUAUAGUAGGUUUUAUAGAUUUUAGUCUGCUAAGCACAGGACCAUAUAUCUGUCAGUUAAAGCCAUAUAUAGGUGCCUGCUCCCCCUCAUGGCAGUUUACACUCUGAUAUUCACAUGUCAAAAGGAACAUAUCAGUCUAAUCUUCUGUGGUUAUUUGUUUUUUUCAGUAGUGGCCCUGACAACAACUUAAAAAGCUAAAUGUUUGCUUUGGGACAUAACUCGUUAGAUGGUAAAUGUCUCAUAUUGUGCCUGUUUCCAUCAAAAACCUUGAAAACACUGUAUUGUUUUUUGUUUUCUUAGUAACUGUUGACAGCCACAAGAUCUGUAUACAGUCAAUCAGACUGAGCCCAACACUUGUUUUAAACUUGCCUUAAAAAAAGAAAAUCACUGGGACGAACUGUGCGGUUUUUAUUUUUAUUGUGUAUUUACAAACAUAACCUGUAGUUAUCUGAAGCUCUUUACUACACUUAACACUGUACUCUACCAUGCUGCCUAUGGUUAUUGUAAUUUACAGUAGCCGUGAAUAUCUGGACGCUUGUUUGUGUAUUAGAGGUUUUGAAAACAAUGUAUUAGGAAUUGAUGUUGGAUAUAUUUCCCACUUUGGCUGUGUCUUUUUGAUAAUGAAUGGAAUUCUCAUUCAGGGUAACAGUGUAUGGAUACUAUUUAUUAUGCUCCAUAUCAAUAUCUUGGGUUUUAAGAGCAAAGCUGUCACAAACCGCAUCACAUACAGAUCAUGUGAAAUACACUUGUCUAUUAUCCAACAGGCUACAGAAGAUUUGUAUUUACCCGACAACUAGCACCAUAAACAACUCAGAAACAGUUCGUUAAAACAAACGUGCCAAAAUACAAAAACAAAUCUUUUCUUCUUCUUCAUCAGAGGAAAUCCUCACUGUACACGACUUGGUUCCUCUUGUCCCUGUAGGAGCCUUUAGUGCUGUUCUGCACAGCUGUGAAAGGAGAGAGACGGUGGUGAAGGUUAGUCCACGCUGUGCAGUCUGAUCGAUGUCUAAACAAACAAUAACAGUGCGGCGCUUACCCAGCGAAGCCCACACUGAUUUGCCGGUGGCAGCGUCCAGCAUGGGCUGCUUCCUGGCGAUGCUGACUUUGAUGUGAACGUCUCCCACCGUGCUGCCGUUCAACUGUGAGACGAAAACAGGGAGGUUGAUUUCAUAUACAGUCGAGAUGAGCUGAGCUUCCUCAAAACUACAGUAAAACUAAAUAAAUAUGAAUAUAAAUGGACGUCAUGAUUGCUUAAUUAAAUUAAAAAAAUUACUUGGGCAUGAAAGUUCAUUCUAAACUGGGAAUGUUGAAAAAAAUACUUUUUGUGUAAAGUGAUUUAAUAAUAUUAAUGUGAAUAUAAAUUUAGUGUCCUGGGGAUUUAAUGUAUAAUUACUAAUUACUCACUUUAAUUUUAACAUAAUAUAUAACUUAUAAUAUAUAAUGUACAUAUUAUAAAAGGUAAGUUAAUGUAACAGAUUGAGAACCUAAAAAUAUCUGCUCAUUUAAGUACUGUACUGUACUGAGCUAUGUCUGUAGGUUUUAUGACAUGAAAUGAGGUUAUACUGAAAUGCUUAAUACAGUAUCUCACUUUUAUAUAUUUAUUUCCACUCUUUCAUUUUUUUUUUUUAAAGUCAGCUGUCUCACUGCUCUGAAUCUGUCUGAACUUUGACAAAUCCUUUUUUUUGGUUGUUGCUUUGUUUUAGAAAAUUAAACAUUGUUUAUAGAGGGAGGA